CGGUGGCCAGGAAAGAGACGAAGUUAGUUUCAAAGUGGCGGCUCGCUUGCUUGCUUUGCUUGCUUGACGUUUUCCCAUGUAUAUAUAAUUAAUCCAUUCAUUCUAUUGAUUGAUUGAUUGAUGCCCCUUUUGCAAUUUGCGAUUCUAGAAAGAGAAGAGAAGAGAAAAGAAAAGAAAUGGAAGAGAAACGAGUAAGAGCAAAGAAGUUGGUUUCGAAGCUGGGUUCCGUGUCCGAAAGCAUGAGAAGCGAAGCGAUCUGCGAGCUCCGAAUGAUCUCGAAGCAGGACCCCGAGAGCAGAGCCUUGAUCGCCGAUGCCGGAGCCAUUCCUUACAUCUCCGAGUUCCUCUACUCACCCUCCUCCCUCUGCCAAGAGAACGCCGCCGCCGCCCUCCUCAACCUCUCCAUAUCCGAUCGCGAGUCCUUAAUGUCAACCCGCGGGAUCCUCGACGCUCUCUCUCACGCUCUCCGAAACCCUACCUCCCCUUCCGCCGCCCAGUCGGUCGCCGCCACCAUCUACAGCCUCCUCCUCGUCGAGAAUUACCGAUCCAUAAUCGGAUCCAAGCGCGACAUCCUCUACGCCCUCGUUGACAUUCUUCGCCCCAGCCCUAAUUCCGUAUCCAGAACGGUCAAGGAUGCGCUCAAGGCCCUGUUUGGAAUAUGCCUGUAUCCUCUGAAUCGGGCCAGCGUAAUCGAAUUGGGGUGCGUGCCGGCACUCUUCUCGUUGAUAUUGAAGGACGGGAGAGUUGGCCUGGUGGAGGACGCGACGGCGGUGAUAGCGCAGGUGGCUGGAUGUGAGGAGGCUCCGGAUGCUUUCGGGAAGGUGUCCGGAAUAGAGGUACUGAUCGAUUUGUUGGAUAUGAGCACGGGAUCGAGUCCGAGAACCAAGGAGAAUUCGGUUUCGGCGUUGCUGAAUUUGGCGCAGUGUGGAGGAGAAAAGGUAGUCGAGCAUAUAAAGGAGUCGGGGUUCUGGUUGUUUGAAGGAAUUCAGGAUGUUGCACAGAAUGGCCAGACUUCCUCAAAGGGAAAAAGCAAAGCCAUGGCCCUAUUGAAGUUGCUUGGGGCUGCUUCUUCUGCAGAUAAAGAUGCCACCAUGAUCAUGAAGCACCACCACCAGCACCAUGAUCAUAAUAAUAAUAAUAAUAAUAAUAGUAGAGAAUGGAGUCGUGAUUCUUGGACUGAUUACUGCAGUUCAUCAUCAUCAUGAUCAUCCAUCCUAUCCUAUCCUCCUCCUCCUCCUGCAAGCAAGUUCAGUAGAUUUUUGUGCUAAUUAAUUUGUGAAUUCUUUUCUUCUACAACUCUUACUUGUUCAUCAUCAUCAUCAUCAUCCUUAUGCUACUCGAUUGAUGAUCCUUGUACAAUAUUAAUAAAUUAAGAAGAAUGAUUGAUGCUUGUAAAAUUCAUUAAAAUUGUUUUUAGUUUGAUUUGUAAUUGGAAAUUGUAACUA